ACUUCCGGGUUUGCUAGUGGCCAUGGCGGGAUCUUAUUAAGCUUAAUUAUUUGGACCGCAUGCCAGAUUUUGGGAGAUUCAGGCUUCCUCCUUGAAAAUCCCUCACAUUGAAAGACGAAUUCUUGAUCUUUUCAGUUUGUCAAAGGUAGAUGAAGGCGUCCGCCUCCUCUGCAAGGUGCCCCACUCGACGGCCUGGAAAAAGAAGGCAGCUGGAGCUCGCAAGAUCCCCGUGGCCUGGGAGUACGGCUACAGUUGCUACAGGAAUGAACAUUCUUGCUCCAAUUCUGAGGGGCGCUCGGUGGAUGACUGGCUGGCAGAGAAAAGGAGCCAAGAAGGUCAAAGAAAGAUGGAAGAAACGAAAAAAGGAAGCCACCUGAGACCUCUAAAACCCAGGUCGCUCACUCUCUAGUCACGAUGGAGACACAACAGGAGCUGUAAGGUUUACAGGAUCGAUGCAAGUCAUCAGACAACGUCACAGGACCGAGACGCCGAUGGCCCAUCUACAUCCUCGAGAGUGCAAAGGCAGCGGCCAACCAUCCAGAAUGACGGCAUAUCGCCGUGCCAAAGCCAUCAAGGCUGACAAACCGCUCAUCAACAGCUCCAAAGACAGCCUGCAGUGCCCACCGGGUCACCCUUGCGAGGUGAGCGGGCAUCCCAGGACUCGCAGCAGUGGCCACGCCCUUUAUAAAGGCGGCCGUUGAAGGUUGAGGUUGAAGACUGGCUGCAGGAACAAAUUGGUGUCAGCGGGCUGGAUGUUCCCCGGACAACACAGUGGAGGGCCCACCAGAAAGGCGACAUUCCGAAGAAGGCACGGAAAACGUACACGUGCCAGAAGUGCGGCCUUCCUACACAAAGUGUGUUUGGCCACAGCACUUUCACAACUUUCAUAAAGUUAAAUUUUUGCACCUUAUAUGACUGCAAAUCUGUAGAACUUUGGCUGGCUGAAUGCAGGGAGCAGGAGAGAAAUCGGGCAGCAGUAUCAGUGUGAUACAAGACUGUAUGGGAUCAUAUGAGAUAAGACUGUGACUCACGGACUAACCUGUGGAGGGCAGUAAUACGCCUUGGAGCGUCGAAACUGCCAAGAAACAAAAGAAGAAGAAGACCGCGAGGCGGACUGGCAGAGAGCGGCGGGAUCAAGGGACCAACUAACCGAAGGAGACAACAUUAGUAGUCCGUGCUGCACUAUUGGGUUAAAUGUUGCUGCAACGAACAUGACUUGGCACUCAAGAUGAUGCAGACGACAGACUAUUGUGAUGUCCAGCCCACCAAUCAAAAAGCUCAUGGAGCUCUGGCCUGCUCUUUGUAUGCUGUCCGAGGUGUAUGCAGAAUUUCAACACAUUACUAACCAGAACCUUCCCAAUACUUUCUAUGCCGAGCUUGAUCGUCACACUCCUUGUUUAAUGGCGUUAUUUCGGCAGAAAGCUUCCAGAACGGGCAAAACUGCAGACGUGUUGGCCAACAUUUUGAAAGUCCAUGAUACACAGGAGUCACAGGAUGUCCACACAAGGCGGGUCACUAUUCUCCAUGUCCUUCCUGUUUAUCUGCGUGAGGAAGUGUCUGGAUUUUUCAGAACAUGUGUGAUCAAAGGGACGGCUAUGGGGAAGAGAUUCUCACCGUCCUACGCUAAUAUUUUCAUGGCCAAGUGGGAGGACGAGGUCUUCGUUAAAUGCCCCAGAAAAACACUCAAAUAUCUAAGACAUCGGAACGAUAUUUGGGGAAUUUGGACGGACGCGCAGGAAGAAUUUAGGGAAUUCUUGGAACAGGAACCAUUUCAAAACCUGCUCUUAUCAACCUUGCUGCAUAGAAACAUUUUAAAAAUGACUGACCUGGUGGAAGUGGGGCAGUCCAAUACAGUGACAUUUGUGGAGUUCUAUGAGAGUCACGCCGACAGAAAAGACUUCCUUAAAGAUUCAGAAGUGAGACUACCUGCGUUUUCCUCCAAGGGUAUGUCAAGGGCUUCAAUCCAGGAAAACAGCCUGGCAAAUCCUGCCAAGUUCAACUUACUGCAACAAGACCAACCGUUUGUGCUGCGCCUUCUCAGCAAGGCCAUUAAAGCUGCUGACAUCAGUGAUUACUCCACACUGUCCAAGUUUGGACAAAAGAGCAACGAGGCCCAGGACUUGGCAGCAUUGCUGAACAUGGACCACAUUGUCUCCAUAAUUGGGGACAGGGGGGCCCUCUACACUGCCCUAAGUGUAGGCGAGACAGCAAAUUUCCACACCAAUCUACAUGGACAGGCACCGGAUGUAAGUGGACAAUUGCUCAAUAUGCUGUUCAAGGGUGAGGAGGACCGUGGGGCACUGAACUUUCUUCAGCUCGACACCGACUCACCCCACACACAUCAGAUUGUCAUACAAACAUCCAGUGAGCGGGGUUAUUAUAACUUGUGGCCUUCUCCACCAUGAAAUCAACAAGGCCAUGCAUGCCACGGCUCUGGAAUACAUCAACCAUAUGGUGGACCUGCAACUUCAAUUCUUAAAACCCCUGCACUGCCUUCUGGAACAAGUGAGGUUGUUCUCUAAUUAGGACUGCCCAGCUGUGCUCGACCCACAGGAGUUUCUUAGUUGCCAGUGCCUCAAGGACCUCCUGGAAAAAGGAGCCCAUGCUCGUUCCUUUUGUUGCCACAGCAGACGGCAUGACUCUUCAGCUUCAUUUCCGCUGCUUACUCGUGUGCCAUUGGAGUUGAUGGACUCCCAUCUCUGCAGUUUAAGAAGGAGAAUAGGAGUGGUGAUGCCCGAAAGGACCGCCGCCCCACGGCCCUGUGGUUGCUGCCUCCAUUGCCCCAGCUUGGUUUUCCUCCAGUCUCUAUACUUCAGGUCGGCACUCCCCACAAGCCAGCGGGGGUACUCAACCAUAAGCAGAAUCUGGAGUUACCCUUGCUAAGCACCCCGUUUCCCUUCCACAUACACAUUAAAUGCCAAGCGGUUGUUCCUCUGGAUACUUCCUCGUUUGCCAAUGGAAGACACCGUUUCUUUGUAGGUCGAUAAGGACAUGGUAGACAAUUCGGUUGGACUAGGUAGGUUGAUAGGACACAGUUGGUAGGGAGAAAUCAAGAGGGGAGCCAAGCCACACGACCGGCAACGAGCCGCCACACCAAACCAGGAGAAGGACCAGCAAGCCCGUCCACGAUCCCACACGGCGCACACAGGUGCGCCCGCCUUGCCGUCACACCAGAAAUCAACUCAGCCAAGGCCAAGGAAGGAGACGUUCCGGGGUCUUCACGGAAAGGGGAUCCCAUUGCAUAGGCUUGACUAUUCUCCAGAGGGUGGCAGGCCUCUGACCGCUUUCCUGAACAUCCUGUACAAGUCGACAGUCAUCAGCAAGGCCCUCCUUGCAAACAGUCUUGCCAAGCGUCUGACUUCCACUCUCGAGGAGCAGAUUUUGCUCAAAACUCGAUCGUUUCUUGCCAGCCACUUACCUCGAGCGCCCAUGGGAAACCCAAAGACUUUAACGUCUGUCACUUCAGUGAUUUGAGAUUUGAUGCCUCCUUUGAGACAAGUGUACUUUCUCUCUUUCUCAACUCCUUUAUUGCACAUCUGCCUCGUGCUGAUUUCAUAUGCAAUCGCCACGUCCACCAUCAGGGCCGCAGAUCCCUUAAUGAAAACAAGAUCGGGUGCAAGGAGUACUCCGGACUCCAGCUGGAAUCUCUGUUCCUGGGUGACCCUCCAACCAUUGGCCUUCCCAGUUGCAGCCAGCAGGCCACAGAUCUUAUUUUGGUUCUGCAUCCUUUUUUCUUUAAAUUUCAGGCAAAGGCUGAUAACAUGAAUGACAGUUUCCGUGGGAUAGCAGCAGAGUCGGCAACCACGGUUCUCUCGGGCCCUCCCUCUGGAGCUGGAAACGAGGGUUUGGACGUUGCCAGUUCGGAGUUUCAGACUAAGUAUAUAGUCUGACUGGAAGAAGUGUACUCUUGUUGGGUCUCUCAGCCACUCGUUACUUAUGGGGUCGUUGAUGAAAGUACUGUGGCCCACUCCUUGUGAAAACAACCCGCACCACUUCCAUGCUUCUGAAGUGCUCCUGGCGCUACUCGUGAUCUUGCUCAUGUCGAGACCCGACCCCCCUUUGUCGCCCACAUGCAUGGUACCACUGGCCCUUUCCCAGAGCUUGAUCACCUUGGCCUCUGGGAUCAUGGCCCUCGCAACCUCCCUGAAGCACUCUUCCUCCGACUGGAGGAGAUACGCCAGGUUUCGACAUUGGAGAGCCGGUUCAAGCGAGGACAGCUUGGGGACGCCGAGCCCGCCGUCCCUAUUCCUACAAUAGAGCAAACCGUCUGCCGUAUCAGACGGGAGGUGCAACCAGUUCUUGACCCAUCUCUUCACCUCACGAUCACAUUCGAGCAACGCCACGUUUGUUGCCAUGGCGUGGACAGCGGGAUAUAUUAGUUUCGGGAUGGCAUAAAAGACAAGGAUGUGAAGGCGCUGCAAGGGUUUUAGUUUCGCCUCAUUGAUGUUCUUGGCCAUGAUGUUUAUUGAAGCCUUGAUGUCAGGGGGGCUUGCACCCCGAAGGGGGCUGAUGGUAAUCCCCAGGUAUUUGAUAUGGUCCUGUGUGCCUUCCUCCUAUCCGCCAUGGGUCGUUGCCACACUCCAGUCUACCAUCAUGCCCCGGCUUCAGCCAGAACCCACAGCACUUGUCAACAUUGACCCCAAGUCCCGUCAUCUCCAGGAAAGUCUCAAGUAUAAUGAGGUUGCGCCAACCCAGGACCCACUGAGCAACACAAGGUCGUCAGCGAAAGCCAGGGAGGUCAUGGACGCAGACCCCACGUGUAUUCCCUCCCCCUGCGUCUCCAACAUGUCCAACAGUGGAUCGAGCGCAACAUUGAAGAGCAGAGGGGAGAGUGGGUCCCCCUGCUUGACACCACUCUCAAUCCUUAUCCGGUUGGUCCAGCCAGCUUUCGUCUCCACUGACGACGUGCACCCCUUGUACAGAUCUUGGAUGAGCUCCAGCAGGAAAACAUCAACACCCCUGCGGUGGAGGGCCUCGAUGAUGAGUUCAUGGGCCACCGUGUCAAAGGCCUCAGCAAGGUCGAUGAACACUACCGCAAAAGCCUUUCUUCUAGCCGCAGAACGGCGAAUAAUGCCACUCAAAAGCAACAGGUUCUCAGAACAGCCACGGGCUUGAAUGAAUCCUCUCUGCCUGGGAUUGAGUGAGCAGACCUCUCGGACCCUGUUGUGUAAUGCCGCCGAGAAAAGUCGUAGGAGCACCGACCCGAUGGUGAUGGGCCGCCAGUUCUUGAUUUGCUCCAAAGCUUCGGGAUCACAAGACUUGGGGAUCAGGGUGGUUCUGCUACGUUUCAUGCAUCGGGGCACCCGCCCCAAUAGCAGCAUGAUGUUAAAUAGGGAAGAUAGUUUCUCACCCGUCUUGUCCCACAAUUUGAUGUUGUUCACUGUGACCCCGUCGCAACCAGGCACACUCCCAGGCUUGAUCUUUUUAAGAAGAGCACAGACCUCACCUGCCGAGAUUGGAAUAGAUAACGGGGAGUUGUCCAUGUUGGGGAGAACACCGAAUCUCCCCAACCCCUUGAAAUUUACAGAGGCUUCCCACACUCCUCUGUAAUGCUCCUCCACUAUUCUAGUGGGGAUCGGACAUGAUGUUUUUUCUGUGCCUUCGAGGAUUCUCUUGGCUAGUGCUCUUCAGUCGCGGACAUACUCCGUCUGCGUUCUCGAAUACUCAGCCCUCCGGCUGGCCCACUUCGGAGCUCGGGUGCGUCUGGUCAUAAGAGUCUGUUUGGUCUUACUUCUAUGCCCGCCCAUCUGCCGAAUGGCAGUCUUGAUCAGCCCCGACCUUGUUGAUAACUUGUCCAGAUCUCCGUGUAAACUGGAAAAAGUACUCAACACAUUCUUUUGGAGGAGAGCUUGUACGUUGUUCACAGGAGUGCCUGUAACAAAUUCCUCCUUAAGCCAUUCUUUUAAUCGUUCAUCUCCAUCAUUGUCGGGGCACGAACUCUUCCUGCGCUCAGCUUUAAUCUUGUUCACAAUCUGGGCUUUUGUAAACCUUGGCAUCGCUCUUCCGACCGACUCGACCAGAUCGGCUGGCCUGGACCAUAACACCUCUCUUAGUUUCAUGGUCUCCUCCUCGGACCAUCUUGCUCUGACCCCCAUGCCUUGUUCUGGGCCCUUCUGAGAAGCGAAGAAGAUGCUGCGGUGCAUGCUCCUCAUGUGAAGGGACAGCCCAGCUGAUGUUCCGAAACUUCGGGAACAGUGAGAACAGGCAUGGUUGUCCUGUUUCGGUUUAAGUUGUCUGCGGCUCCCGCACUUGGGGGUGUGACAGGCAGCCGCGUGUACGGUAAAGAAGCACCCCGCGCAUUUUCUACAGAAAAUCUGGAGCCUUCUUGGUCUGUGCUUCUUCUGGAGGUGAAGCAUAGCUCCCCUAGCUGUAUCUAGCAACUCCUCGCAGAAUCUGCACCUCUCUUUGUGCCAAGGAACCCUAAUGCCCACGAUCCUUAGCUAUCAUUCCGACCGGGUUUGAUGGAAACACCACCCGCCCUAGAUGUGACAGGGCGACCAUUGAAACCUUGUAUUUAGGGAAGAGCACCCUUCUAUCCAGAUUUCUUGAUACCCUCCGCUGUGGGGUACCAGGUGGUUGUUCCUCAUUCUGUUCCGGUGGUCGAAUAAGGGCCCACACGUGUCUGAAUCGGCGGGGGUUCCUCGGCUGAGGACUAGUAGCCCCUAGUAUUCUCAGGCGACGGGCCCGGGGACUAUGGCACGCUCCUGGUGAGUGAUUGAGAAGCUCUUGCGGGUUGGCAGACCGGCGGGUAUUGCACCCUGACCCGGCAGCCGAGGGUGGAGUGGUUACCGCCCUCAUAGGGUGAACAAGCUGAAGACUACCAAACCAGCCUCAACAAUUACCGCCCUGUUGCCCUCACCCCAGUAAUCAUGAAGUGUUUUGAGAGACUGGUACUCCGACACAUCAAGGACUACCUAUCCCACCACCACACUUGACCCCCACCAGUUCGCCUACCGGACAAACAGAUCUACAGAGGGCGCCAUCACAACAACUCUGCAUGCUGUGUUGAGUCACCUGGAACAGCAGCAGGCCUAUGCCAGAAUGCUCUUUGUUGACUACAGUUCAGCCUUCAAUACCAUCAUCCCGGACAUUCUAAAUGCAAAAUUGGACACAUUCAGCCCUAGAAAGUGAGGCUCGGCCCCCACCUCUCCACCACACGCACUCUAAGCAUUGGCUCACCACAGGGCUGUGUCCUGAGCCCCCUGCUGUACUGUCUCUACACCUACAACUGCAGUCCGGCCCACAGGAACAAAAUAUGAUCGUCCAAUUCGCGGACGACACCACAGUGGUUGGGCUGAUCUCAAACGGAGAUGAGACAGCCUCCACAGAGGAGGUUCAGAGACUCACAACCUGGUGCUCUAAAAAUAGCCUGUCCCUGAAACUGCUUCUCUGCCUUUCUAUGGGUGCUGUGCAGUGGGUGCAGUGGAUUGUCCCUGAUUGACAGGAGCCUGCUCAGCGCCUGUUGUUCUGCCACUGUUGUUAAGCUGUCCAGCUCUGUGCCCACCACAGUGCCCGCCUUCCUCACCAGUUUAUCCAGACGUGAGGCAUCUCUCUUCUUGAUGCUGCCUGCUCAGCACACCACCGCCGAGAAGAGGGCUCUCGCCACCACGGUCUGAGCCUCUGUAUCGGCAGACCAGUCCAGUUUGUCGUCCAGCUCUGGGAGGGGCCUGGUCCUUCUGAAGUCCGCCACUAUCUUCCUGGUCUUGAUGGAAUUGAGGUUUGGCUGAAAAGCAUCUAUGGAUGAUUUUGGCAGUUCCAAAUUGACUGAGUGGCAGCUAGUGGGGCUGAUUGACAGAAGAGGCGAUUGAUCAAGAAAGCUUCAGUUAUCUGGACCUUCACUCCAUCACCACCUUCAUUCCCAGAAUAGGCGAGAGGCUGAAAUUCAUCAGGAAAUAUCAUGAAUUUAUGCCAGGGGAGAAGUCGCCCUGACGCUGCUGCCCAUCCUGCUCCCUCCGCCUGUGUUUAAAAAGGGCAGGAAAUUGGAAAUUGGUCCGGGCUAGUAUUCAGGAGUCCAAGAGAGCCUUCAUGGAUGUUAAGCCUGGAAGGUCCUCCUGCUUUGCUGCAAGGACAUUCAUGUUGAGUGUUGAUCAGACAAUCGUCAACGACCACGUCAUGUCCUUCACAUCAGCUCUCUGCAUGAUGUUUGCCAGUUAUGACUGUCUUAACGUACACUACCCAGUGGGGCUACAUUCUACCCUGGAGUUCCUUCAAAGAUGUUUCUUCUGUAGAAAUCCCGAAAGAGGCACAAAAGCUGAGUGGAAGAAAAAGACCAAAUGACUUUCAAUCAAUCCCAGAGUCCUCACUCUGAUUGCAGACCUUGCAGACCGUGACUGGACGUCGCCAUAAGUCACUUGGAUGCCCUUCUUCACUUCAUGUUUUGGGCCGAUGUGUUCAAGUGUAUGCCGAAUACACUGCAGUUACUUUGUACAUUUUUGCCAGUUUUAUAGGUUAAUUCUUGGGCAUACUGAGUAUGCUUAGUUUUUGUCAACACAUACAACACUUCAAUUUCCUGUGUUCCGACUCAACGAUUAUUUUUAAGAGAAAAGUUUUGGGUGUAUUUUGAUAGUUUUUUUUAGGGAAGUCUGUCAAAAUCUCACGUUUCCUUUGAUGGCGCCACUGAAUAUGGUAUACAUACAUACAUUGUUCUAUACUCACCGGGGUCGCGGGCAUGCUCGGUACACCCUGGACUGGUCGCCAGCCAAUCACAGGGCAAAUAUAGACAAACAACCAUUAACACCAUACUCAUAUUCAUACCUAUGGACAAUUUGGAGUCGCCAAUUGUAAUGUGGGAGGAAACCGGAGUACCCGGAGAAAAUUCACGCACGGGGAGAACAUGCAAACUCCACACAGAGAUGCCCAAGCAGGGAAUUGAACCCUGGUCUUCCCCAUCACCUAGUAAUAUGCGUUGCUAGAUUUUCUACAUAUGUUGUUUGUCCUCCCAAAACUGAAACUUUGUUUUGCCCUAUUAGGUUAUGGAUCUUGGUGCUCUCACUUGUUACUGCUGGAAGAGUAAGGGAGAGUAAUGGAGUAAGUCAUUCCACAAAACUAUUAUCCAUUUUGUACUUUGAUGAAAGGAGGUAUCAACUGUAUCCAGAGAUGUCUGUUGUAGCUUAACACUAACAUCCAUGUUUUGUUUCUUUCUUUCGGCUUUUUCCCUGAUUACGGGGUCGUCACAAUGUGAAUGAACUCAUUUCUUAUUGUGAUUUUUAUUCAUGUAGUUUCCCCCCCUUCUCAGCUCCCUGAUGCUGGUACACUGUCCUGGGAUCCUGAUUCUUUGUGGCCAUUCCACUGAGGCUAAGUGAUAUACAUUAUCACAGCAUUAUUGGCUUGUAAGGAGAAUACUAGUAUUGCUAUACACCAGGGGUCUCAAACUCAACACUGGAGCUCGGGUCUGGGUGAGACUGGGCCGCAUCAGGUUUUCCAAAACAAAAAAACAAAAAAAACGCAUUUAUUAAAAAAAAAAACAAUUUAAACUUUGCUUGGGUUCCAAUUUUCUACAAGAAAAGCUCUGAUAAAACAUUCCACUGUUCUCAAAUAUCUUAAUUUUUAUUUUUCUACACAAAAUAAGAUGAAAAAUAAAUAAACAAAUCAAGAAUAACGAAAA